AUGAAUGAAUGGCUGGAGCAUAAUUUUCAGAUUAAUUGUGCUGCGCAGCCAGUUGAAAAUAUAAUUAUUCAAAGAGAAGAUUGUAUUAGGCCCAUAAGUCUGAUCGUUGAAGGCCCAAGUCGUAUUGGUAAAACUGCUUGGGCCAGGUCACUUGGUAAGCACAAUUAUAUAUGUGGUCAUCUGGAUUUCAAUCCAGCAACGUAUCAACAGGAUGUGCUGUAUAAUGUCAUUGAUGAUGUAUCUCCGGCGUAUCUACGCCUGAAGCACUGGAAAGAGCUUAUUGGUUGUCAAAGAGACUGGCAGACAAAUUGCAAAUACGGUAAACCAAUCCGUAUAAAAGGAGGUAUACCGUCUAUUAUACUGUGUAACCCAGGUAAUGAUUCAAGUUACAAAGAAUACUUGGAUAAACUUGAAAAUACAGGUCUGCGUGAUUGGACAUUAAAGAAUGCCAAGUUUGAAUUCUUAGAUAACCCUUUGUUCCAAUCGGCCGAAGCCCAAGAAAGCAAUACAAGCCAUUCAUCUGGAUGCUCAGUCUGA